CCAUAAGACGCACCUAGUACAGGAGAUGACCAGAGACUGCAGACAAAGUACAGGGGAUGACCAAGAGACUGCGGACACAGUACAGGGGAUGACCAGAGACUGCGGACACAGUGCAGGGGAUGACCAGAGACUGCGGACACAGUGCAGGAGAUGACCAGAGACUGCGGACACAGUGCAGGAGAUGACCAGAGACUGCGGACACAGUGCAGGAGAUGACCAGAGACUGCGGACACAGUGCAGGGGAUGACCAGAGACUGCGGACACAGUGCAGGAG